AUGGAAGCCGCAUCACUGAGUUUUGUCACUGCAGCAGUUGAGCCCACGCUUACUUGUCCUGUGCACCCUAAAACAACCAUGGUUUCAGCAGGUCUCCAGAUCUUGGGUGUCUUUCUGGCAUUCAUUGGCUUUUUGGGAGACAUCAUCAUCUGCGCCCUGCCAAUGUGGAAGGUCUCUGCUUUCAUUGGGAACAACAUUGUGACAGCACAGGUCUUCUGGGAGGGCCUUUGGAUGAAUUGUGUGAAGCAGAGCACUGGGCAGAUGCAGUGCAAAGUCUACGACUCCAUGCUGGCUCUACCACGUGACCUGCAGGCGGCCCGAGCUCUGGUUGUGAUCUCCAUCCUGGUUGUCUUCAUGGGAGUCCUGCUUGCUGUUGCAGGUGGGAAGUGCACCAACUGCAUUGAAGAGGAGGCGGCCAAGAGCAAGGUGGCAAUUGUUGCAGGGGUGUUCUUCAUUGUUGGCGGUAUCCUGUGCCUGAUCCCCGUGUCUUGGUCUGCUAAUGAGGUCAUCAGGAAUUUCUACAACCCCAUUAUGAGUGACGCACAGAGGAGGGAGCUUGGAGCAUCACUGUUCAUCGGUUGGGGAUCAGCAGGACUCCUGCUCAUUGGUGGCGCACUUCUCUGCUGUCAGUGUGACCAGCGUAAGGAUAGCAGAUACUCUGUCAAAUAUUCUGCCCCGCGCUCAGCAACCAGCGGUGGAGCCUAUGUUUAAGACUGCAAGCUGUCUGAAAUCUGCAUUAUUGCUCCAUGGAAUGGGACUGAACUCUUGUAAUGGUUUUUAAAGGUGUUAAUGAUUUUAAUAAACUUUUUUUAAAUUAAA